UUGAUCCGCACAUAAACUAAUAAAGCUCAUUGCAGUAGCCAUCGUACAAUAGUGUAGUAGAGUUUGCUAAUUGAAGUUUUGUGUAGUGAUAUGAUUUAACCAUACAUUAACUUGAAAUCAAUUAAUAUCAACUGUCUCGCCAAAGCGAAACUUUGUUAAUUAUCUAAUUAAAUACAUUUUAAAGAAUUUUGUUGUUUUCAAUUUAAUGAGAAUUGAAAGAAUGGAAACUAAGAGUGAGAUUGAAAACGAGGUAUCUUCUACGAAUGGUGACUUUUCACAAUCGCAACAACUGGAGCUAGAGCAUCAAAAUUCUGUAGGAAACAUUGCUAAAGCUGCGGUAAAUAUUAAUAUAAGCAAAGAGAGCAACUCCAUUGAGGAAAGCGAAAAUGACGUAGCCACUAAAGAUUGGCAGCAGCGUUUUCGCUGGAAACGUGUGCUUACACCGUCAGGUCCGCAACCGCGGCCUCGACAUGGCCAUCGUGCAGUAAACAUAAAGGAAUUGAUGGUUGUAUUCGGUGGAGGUAAUGAGGGGAUCGUUGACGAGCUGCACGUUUACAAUUCAAUUUCGAACCAAUGGUAUGUACCAGUUAUGAAAGGAGACGUCCCGCCUGGGUGUGCAGCAUAUGGAUUUGUUUGCGAGAGUACUCGACUGUUUGUGUUCGGUGGUAUGAUUGAAUAUGGAAAGUAUUCGAAUGAGUUAUACGAACUACAAGCCACCAAAUGGGAGUGGCGCAAAAUGUAUCCCGAUCCACCAGACAACGAUCUUCCGCCAUGUCCACGUUUGGGUCACAGCUUUACAUUGGUUGGCGAUCGUGUGUUCUUAUUUGGCGGCUUAGCAAAUGAAUCGGAUGAUCCGAAAAAUAAUAUACCUAAAUAUUUAAAUGAUUUAUAUAUAUUGGAAACUCGAGGAGUUCACAGUCAUAGUGGCAAAUGGAUUAUACCAAAAGCAUACGGUGAAUGCCCGCCACCACGGGAAUCUCACACGGGUGUUUCUUUUACAUGCAAAAGCACAGGACAGUUGAAUUUACUUAUUUACGGAGGCAUGAGUGGCUGUCGUUUGGGUGACUUAUGGCUUCUAAAUGUUGAUUCUAUGAGCUGGUCUAAACCUAAAACUCGUGGGAGGGCCCCUUUACCGCGUUCACUCCAUAGUUCAACUAUGAUCGAUAAUAAAAUGUAUGUGUUCGGAGGUUGGGUUCCUUUGGUAGUGAACGAUUCUAAAGCUACGACGGAAAGAGAAUGGAAGUGCACCAACACAUUAGCAGUCUUAGAUUUAGACACAAUGAUUUGGGAAAACGUUACAAUGGAUUCUUUAGAAGAGGACGUGCCACGUGCUAGGGCUGGUCAUUGUGCUGUCGGAAUCAACAGCCGGUUGUAUGUAUGGUCUGGUCGUGACGGUUAUCGAAAGGCUUGGAACAACCAGGUCAGGGUGUGCUGCAAGGAUCUUUGGUAUUUGGAAGUUUCAAAACCACUUUAUGCUAACAAGGUUGCCUUAGUUAGAGCUUCCACUCAAGCAUUGGAAUUGUCAUGGACGUCAACUAUUUUUUCAAGCGGUUAUGAACUACAAAUUCAAAAAAUUGAGCCUCCAUUAGCACUUAAAACGGCCUCGAUUGCUGCUGCGGCAGUUUCGCCGAAUUUGCAGCAAAAUACGAACAGUUUAGUCCCCCAGUUAAUGACUAAUGGUAACAGCAAUAUAAUGUCAUCUGCUCCGAUAUCGCCAACCACGACGAAAUUCCAACGAAUUCACACUCCGACAGUUAUACCUGCGAUCGCGGCGGUUUCAACUGGAUUAUUGGGAGCUUCUACGCAGCAAGCAUUAUCUCGCGCUAACACAGGAUCGUGUCAAGCGUUAGGAAAUAAGUUAGUAACAGCUAACACUAACCAAUCCCAUAUACACCUUCAGCAUCAAAAGCAACAACAUACGUCGACUGUAUACGUUGCUCAAUCGCAAAUUCAACAAAAUAUUCAACAUUCGACCGGAAUCAAAACUGGUAUUCCAAGUGUUUCCACUCCAAUUCUAACAACUUGCAAUGUAGCCGGAGCAGCUGUUUCUAAUCCGCAGCAAAAAGAUCAACAGCAGCAACAGUCUGUUUCUAGUAUAACAGUUGUAAAUAAUACGACAAAUAUAACAACUAUACUUCAGAAAUUUCGGCCAACUUCAGUAGUAUCUCGACCAUCUACUACAAUUACGACAGUUAAUUCCAUUGUGUCGCCCGUUACAUCGAAUCACAUGCUUAUUACUUCCGGUAACACGGCAACUACGGGGGGGCUGCGUGUAAUAAAUACCGGACAAGCAGCAGUGGUAUCUACGGGCACUGGAAAUUCUACGGUUCGAUUAUUGUCUAGUAACAAUGCAUGCCAGACAUUAAAACUAACUUCUAACAAUAAUGCGGCCGUAUUAAAAUCUACGAAUCAGCAAUCGAUUGCGGCUACCGCGGCGCAAGCACACCAAACCAAUACUAGUGGUAGUACCACAUCUACUACUAUAGGUGGUAAACAGUUUAUAAUACAAAAACCGUUGGCUUUAGGAUCUAAUGUACAAUUUCAGUUAGUAAAAACUAGCAGCGGAGGUGUUGCAGUACAAACUUUGCCAAAGGUUAAUUUGAGCAUAUCCAAAGCUGCCGGACAUGCAGGAAGUGCUGUUACAGCCAUCGCAGCUAAUCUGGGACAUACUGCAAGCCACACCGCAACACAACUUGUGGCAGCAACUUCACAGACAAGUGGAACAAAUCCUAUAUCACAAAAUAAGCAGCAAUUUAUUGUAAGCAGCGGAGUGGGAAAUACAAUUUCAAGUUCCGGAAACGCUGCGAUUGGAACCGUAACCCAGGCCAAACAAAUUGUACCUGGAAGCGUCGUAAAGCUAGUUUCUCCACACACUAUCAGCGGUGGUAAAGUAAUUAUGAAGAAUCUGCAAGUAGGAAAAGUAGCUUCGAAUAUAAGCGGCAAACCAGCAUUUGUUAUAACUAACAAGCAUGGUCAACAAUUAACAAAUCAGCAGAUAAUCAUCGUGACUACGGGUUCAGGUAUUCGAACUAUUCCCGCAGCAACCGUCGUUACAAAUGCUAGCAACAAUAUUGUUUCCCUUGUAGGCUCAACAGCGACUACUGUGUCGGCGCCAGUUAUAGCUAGGAACGUUGGCGCGCAGCCAGCGGUUAAAAUGAUACGUAGUGUAUCUACUGCCGCUGUUCGGCCUAUAACUUUCUCAAUGUCCAACACGGGAAUGUCAAACAGUGUAACCACAACCCACGCGGCUCAACAGCAAAGCCUAAUUCAAACACAAACUUUACAACAAAAUCAGCCCCCAAAAUUCAAUGCCCUGUCUGGAAAUGCUGUUCAUCAGAAAACUAUUACAUUAGGAGGAAAAUCAGUCACGGUUCAAAUGUCGAAUUCUGCGACGAUCGGAAGUAUGUCGAAAACCUUAGCUAUUGUUGGUUCAAAUGCGAACCAGUCUCACUCGCAAAAUCAGCUGAUAACGACAAGCGGUACAUCUAACAAUUCUGGAAAAUUAGUUGUUUUGCCCAACAGUGCGGCUAAUUCAACCAAAAAGGGUUUCGUUAAUAUCUUCAAUACUGGCAACUCAAUACAAAGAACCAUCGCAUUGUCGAAAGGGACAAUUGUUCAUACAAGCCAGCAGCAGCACCAACAACAACAAUUAAUAAAUAACGCUUUAGGAAAGAAAUCGUCUGAUGGAUCCAAAGACAGCAUUGCUCUAAAUAUAGCUGAUCAGAACUUCCCAGAUAAUGAGUCGAUGGAUGACAUUAUUGAACAGUUAGAUGGUACAUCUGAAAUAGUUUAUGAAGGUGAUGAGGAAGAUCUUGACGGAGUACCUAUCAAAUUGUCGGAUCAGAUAAGCAACCAUAUGAAACCGUUUGAAAAUAUACUUGAUGUGGUCUAUGAUGACAAGUUACCAUGUGCACUAUUUAAAGUAGCAGGCAAAUCGAAAACCAUGAAUAAGUGUAACAAUUUUUCUACGAAUAAAUAUCCGACGUUUAAAAAGUCACAAAAUGGGAACUUUUCAGGAGUUUUCUUAUCUAAUAUUCUUGCUAAUAAAAGUGUUGACAAAAUCUGCGACUUUGAAAAUACGUGCAGUAGUAUCCACAGUCAAAAAUCUGUUGCAGGUCUUGAAGUUUGUUGCUUGUUAUUAAUUUUUGCAAGUACGUCGACGAAUACGGCAUCAUUUCAGAUCCUAUUUACAACAUAUCUAGAGAUAUACUAUGAAAUCUCAUCCCUUAAAGAUUACAUAAAAUACCGAAAAUUGUUCUAUGAUCUGGGAACAAGCGAAUCUAGCAACUACUUCGGUAUCUAACAUUUAAAACCAUUUUACUGUAUUAUAACAGCUGUGAAGUUCCGCUACAGCGAACAACCGUUGCAUCGUUACCAAGAGAAUUUAAAAUGUUACCUGCAUUAAUGCUUGCAAGAAAGCAUUCUUGAGAAUAGAUAUUGCAAAACUGUAGCUCAAGUGACUAAUCCGCUAACGAUUAGCUUACGCCAGCGAGGAUAUCACAGAUGAGCAAUUAUCUUAUUAAUAUCAGUCACAUAUGAAGACAUGUUAGUAGUUUUAUUGCAAAAGGUUGGCAUUUGCAUUUUUUUUUUUGUGGAAGUUACUGUCGACACUCGCAAUGGCAGUAAAUAUAUAAAUAGGAAUCAGCAUAAGUAGAUAUACUUAAAUUCUAAGGAUAUUUGAGUUCGUACCUAUGUGUAGCUAAAAAUGUCAUUUGAAAUUUGCUUUGUCUUUCAAAUAUAUGCAGUAGACCACGGUAUCAAUUAAUCUCCAACAGUUUCUAUGUCACCAUAUUUUUUAUUUUCUUUCUUACAACGUACCGCAAAACCUCAUGCUUGAGUUGUUGCCUGAUUUAAAAUCGUACGCCCUUAAGUUCGUACGUACGAUUUGUAUUAACGAAAAAUCUAAAGUCGCCACAUAGCUGAAAAAUAAUUCAAACGUUUAAAACAAUGUAAAAUUAAACUUACGAUCGCAAUCUAUUUCCUCCUUUUAUAAAGUUCAUGCCACUCGAAUUUCAUAAUAGACGGACAAAUGUUCUGAUUAGAUCAUUUAUACUACAAUAACUAACGAAAGCCUCUACAAUGAGUCCGUUAAAACUGAGAUCUACUAUUCAUUAUACUUUAAACUCAGUGGGUUCUAGAUUCUGUUAAUAUCUUUACGUCCGAUAUGUAUAUAAAAUCCCUUUAUACAAAAAAUUGACAGUUGAUUAUAUAAACGUAAUUGAUGCACAAAUGUAACUUAUUUAUAUUGAAGUAAUUUAGUUAGUAUAAAACAAAGUUCACAUCCAUUAUAAAAAAUUUACUUCGAUGA